UAAAGGCAUGCAGAUUAAUACUUUCCAUUAUACAGCUAUGUGUAUGGUAACAUGCGUCAUUAUUACGAUUACAUCUUUAUUAACAAAUUUUGGUCAAAAAAAGUUGACAUAUAGAGCGUGGGUGCCAUUCGAAUAUUCAUCUAUGACUUUAUUUUGCAUAUUAUACAUUCAUCAAUUGAUAGGUUUGACUAUGGGUGCUUUAGUAAAUGUCGCUUGUGACAGUCUCAUCUGUGGAUUAUUAGUUCAUGUUUGCUGUCAAUAUGAAAUUUUGACAUAUCGUUUGAAGAGAAUCAUGCUUCAUUCAGAUGGUCUUCGUAAUUGCGUCCAACAACAUUGUAAAAUCUUUAGAUUGGCUUUUCUUGUUAAUACGAAUUUUAGAAUGGUUAUUACUAUUCAAUUUCUAAUGAGUAUGCUUGUCGUAUGUUUCAAUCUUUAUGUAAUAAGUCUAUCAAAAUUGGAUGCAAGAUGUAUUCGAUUAGCAUUAUUCAUGGGUUGCAUGCUCACACAAAUUUUUGUUUAUUGUUGGUUUGGCAACGAAGUAAGACUAAAGAAUUGA